AAGCCUCGCUUGCGUUACGUGAUCUCUAGACCCGCUCUUUUUUCUUCUUCUUUUUUUUUCGUGUGUUACUGAUUGUCAAUAAAGUUUUCUAAUGAACACAAGCCCCGCCCCGAGUAGUCAGCUGUUCCAAUAUGGCUGACGGCGUCUAGGCAAACAAGGCCUAGAAGCGAUAUAGCGGAGCCUUGUCACUACUGUGUAAACAUGUUGGACUGUGAGGAGGGUGAGCGUGGAUCCAAAGCAGCAGAAGACCAUGCUGCUGAAUCCAUGGCUGCCGAUAUGGAUCCCUGGGUAAUCUUUGAUGCUCGGAAGACUCCACAUGCAGAGUUUCAUGACUGGUUAGAAACGUACCGACCUUCCAGGGUCCCUCGUUUUGGAGACCCUGAAGAAGGAUCUGGACCAGUAGGGUGGAUAGCAGUGUAUGGCCCAGGCUACUGCCCACAGAUUGAAGGUGGCAAGGACCUUCAGGAUGCUUGGGAAAAGCUUCAAAAUACAGGACGCAAAGUCAAUUAUGAACUUGUUCGUGAGUUAGCACUUAAUUGUGGAGUGACAUCUGGGAAAUGGCUUAUGCAUCUAGACACUGGAUUCAAAGUUGACCAUGCCUGGCGUGGAAUAGCUACUGCAGUCAUGGAAGGUCGGCUUACUGUAGCCAAAGUGAGCCCUCUCCAUCCUGAAAGUAAGCAUGUUAUAUGUGUGUAUACUGAAGACUUCACAGAUGAAGAAAGUAUCAUGCAGACAGAUGCUGUCAUCCGGAGCUCAGGUGUAAAAUGUUUACUGUCCUAUAAGCCAGAUGUGUACACCUAUUUAGGCAUUUACAGAAACAAUCAAUGGCAGAUGUGCCCCACUAUCUAUGAAAGCCGAUAUGAUUUGGAAUGCAUUCCCCGCCGGUCCAGAGUUACUAACAAGGUUACCAACAUUGAAGUGACAUAAAGAAGUCUUAUGUUGUGCGUCUGUGUAAAAAGGCUUUCCCAAAUAAUUCUCACCAUAUGCUACAGCUGAAUAUAAUUUAUAUUACUGUAGGACUUUUGGCCAGUUCAUUUAUUGAUUUUGUUAGACUAUCUAGCAGGAUUGUGCUUGUAAUCUUAAGUGAAUAUUCUCACUUUCCCUUUGUGUUCGCUAUAAAUGUGUGUGAACAUUAUUGGUAUGUAUAAGCUGUUUUGUAACUCUUGUGCUUGGAACACAAUUUUUAUUUCAGAGAUAAAGUCUAGUAAGUAUAUAAAAAACAAACAAACA